AUGAUCGCCAAAUACCGUGCAUUUAUAAUAGCGAUUUUAUGCGUCAAGGUACUUCUAAUCUCUGUUUGGCUAUUUUCAAAGAAUGGUAUAAUGAUCACACCAUAUUCAACAAAUAUUUCAAGUUUAAACCACCAGCUUUAUUCACCUCGUUCAAAAAUUCGUGCAAAAUCUAGUCUGGAUUCUUAUUUUGUGUAUACCAAAGGUUGUGUUAUUCCUAGAAGAGACGCUUUUGAUGCUUCUGUUUUAAAAUAUUACUCAAAACCAAGGUCUAUACGAAACUGCCACGCUAAUGUACCAUUGACCUCACAAGACGGUACGAUGCUUUAUCUGGACAAUAGGACGAUAUCCUACUGUGAGCGCCAAAAUAUUUACCGAAAACCAAACAGCGAUUUCGGAUACCUUGAAAAGGACAAACAAAAAUUUACGGACAGUGUUAACAUUUCGUCUAAAUACAUUCGUGUAACUUGUUAUGAUAAAUCGGGUAAAGAAAGCUACACAAAUUAUCAUCAUUUCAUUCAAAGAAACGAAUCACGUCUGUUGGAAUUGGACCGAAGAUUAAAGGAGCAUAUUACAGCCAAUAAGCCUGCAGAAAUUAUGAACGUCAUGAUGGUUAUGAUUGAUUCAACUUCAAGAUUAAACCAUAUUCGACACAUGCCGAAAACACGUCAGUUUCUGCUCAAAAAUAUGUCGGCAGUCGAUUUCGAGGGUUACAAUAAAAUUGCAGAUAAUACGUUACCUAACCUUGUGGGCAUUUUAACCGGUAACUAUUUGAACGAAGAAUUAACUAUUCGUAAAACACAGAGGCAUGGUCCAUUUGAUAAAUUUAAUCUUAUAUGGAAACAUUUCUCGGCAAAAGGCUACACAACAAUGUUUUCUGAAGAUUUUCCAACUAUAGCUACCUUUGUCUAUCUAUCACAAGGUUUUCUAAAACAACCGUGUGACCACAGCAAUCGACCUUUAGCAUUAGCAAUGAACUCACAUUGGUUAUGGUCAAAAUGUCUUGGGAACAAAUCAGAGACGGAAUUGCUUUUGGAUUCCACGUAUAAUUUUGUCAAAACCUACAGAAACAGGCCUUACUUUUCUCUAACGACGAUUUCUAGAUUAACGCACGAUUAUCUAAAUCACCUCGCAAACGGAGACGAUCACUAUUUGGAUUUUUUCACACGACUUCAUAAAGAGAAUUUGCUGAAUAACACAGUAGUUGUGUUUUUUUCUGACCACGGACAUCGAUUAAGUAGCAUCGUACAUUCCGAAAUCGGACAAUUUGAAUCACGAAUGCCCAUGAUGUACUUAAUGUUUCCUGCGUGGUUUAGUGAAAAGUACCCUGCAAUCUACCAAAAUCUUUUAGACAACAGAAAUAAAUUUACAACCAAUUUUGAUAUUCACAAAACUUUGAAAGAUAUUUUAAAUUUUAAAGGUCAACCUCGUUUAAAGGUUGACGUGAAAUUAAGAGGUCAAAGUUUAUUUGACCCAAUCUCAGGGGAUCGCUCUUGUCAAACGGCAAACUUAAGUAUGCAUUGGUGCGUUUGCAAAAUGGACGAAAUAAUACCACGGGACGAAUCACUCGUCAAGGCAAGUGUGGAGUUUACAAUGCGAGAAAUAAACAAAGAAAUUCAAAAUUAUACCAUGUGCAUGCCCAGGACUUUACGAAACGUCACGUCCUUUAAACGAAUGAAAUAUACAAAUCAAGUUAAUUUGACCGUCACUGUUAUAAAAUUAUCCAUCGAUUCUAACCCAGAAUCGGCUUUAUUUCACACAACAUUAAAGUAUAACGAGAUAACGAAGCAAUUUCAGGUAGUAGAUUCUAUUUCGCGGACCAAUAAGUACAAGCAUACAGCAGACUGUGUUAAAUUGAAGCACCUAAGAAACUAUUGCUAUUGUAAAAACCAAACUAGUAUUUUGCAAUGA